GAAACCAGUGAUAACUGAAUACUUCCGGCGGGGGCCGAAGGGAAAGAGGAGUUGGGCCCAAGGCAAGAGCAGUUGCUGUGAAUACCGCAGCGCAGGAGAAGCAAGGGGGGUGGGUGCAGCUGAGCGCAAGGCAGCACCGGCUGAUGACUAGGAACCGAGGGGCAAGCAGCCCGGGCUGCACAGGGACUCUCCCAGGCCGGCGCAGGAAGGAAGGAGUGGCAGAGAGAAGGAGGCUGGCCCUGUGAGUCAGCACAGCCGCGGCAGAGCAGGACCAUGCGAGGACGGUAUGUGAGCAGGACCCUCGCCUCAGUGCUGCUCUGCAGGCAGCCCCAGCCCGCGGGAGCCGGCGCGGCAGCGGCUGCUCACAGACCCGGCCCGGGGGCAGCCCUGAGGCACUCCUCGGACAGGCCGGAGGGCCAGGAGCGGCCCACGGCCUUCGACCCGGCUGUGCUGCAGUUCCUGGUCUGCCCGCUCUCCAAGCAACCGCUGAGGUAUGAAGCAUCCACCAACGAACUAAUUAACAAAGAGCUGGGCAUCGCGUAUCCGAUCAUUGAUGGCAUUCCUAAUAUGAUCCCUCAGGCCGCAAGGAUGAUUGACAGAAAGGCCCAGGGUGAGGAACCGAAGCAAACCUAGAUAGCCAUUAUCAUUCAAAACAAAACCUGAAGACUAACCUACCCCCACAGUAACUGGGGAAGAAAGAUGUUUCUGUCACUGCCUACGCUAACUGUACUUGUUCCACUGUUGUCCUUAGCGGGUCUGUUUUAUUCAGCCAGCAUGGACGAAAAGUUCCCAGAGGGCUGCACCAGCACAACCAGCUUGUGUUUCUACAGUCUGCUUCUUCCUAUUACCAUACCAGUUUACGUGUUCUUUCACCUUUGGACCUGGAUGGGUAUUAAACUUUUUAGACACAACUAAUAAGGCAAAAGCUUGGAAGGCACCACAAAAAUAGACUUGCCAACCUUGUGGCCGCUCGGAGAGAGCGAUGUAUCUUCACCUACCCACACCCUAAUAUUAUAUUCCAUGCAGUUGCAAUAGUCUCCUAGCAUAAGUGGUGGUCUUUAUUAAUCUCCCAAUGAUGCCUGAAAAUGUAACUUUCUGCACAAGCCUUGAUGCACAAUGGCCUCAUUACUGCUGAGAGAGAUAAUUAAAUAACAUUUCUCUUGUUCCUCCUCCAUGUUAGCAUGUCCCAUCAAAACCUAUUGGUGAGUUGUAAGGCUAUGCUACUAGCCCGUCAAAGCUGUUGUGUCUCUUUGAAAAGAAUAAAUGUUGUGCACUGAUUGUGAUGAAUUUUUUUAAAUAGGUUAUGGUGAGUUUCACUAUGCCUCUUUAAAUGAGCAGCACCGUAAUUCGAUAGUUGCCUUGCUGAUUUGAACUGAUGUCUGCAGUAGAAUGCAUUUGUCUUACUGUACUAUGGAAAUAAAGAGUAUAAUACAUCCAA